GAUGACGAUGAUGACGAUGACGAUGAUGACUUUGACAUUGGCCACCCGAGCCAAAGUUCCUAUGACAGUGAAAUGGAGCAAGAAUUGACUGAGACAGACACAAAGAAUGCAGACCUCCUUGAUGAAGAAAGUAGCAAUGCUUGCCAGUCACUUGCUCCUAGGGAUCCUCUCAGGAAGCCUCCUGCUGCUGGCCACCAUGACUGUGAGGGGGGCUGCGCUGGCCCCAGAUCCAGCAUCACCCACCACCGCAGCAGCUUCGCCCAGUGUCUCUGUGACCCCCGAGGGUAGCCCCAUGGCCAUGGAGCAGCCUGUGUUCCUGAUGACCACUGCAGCCCAGGCCGUCUCUGGCUUUUUUGUGUGGACAGCCCUGCUCAUCACCUGCCACCAGAUCUAUAUGCACCUGCGCUGCUACAGCUGCCCCAACGAGCAGCGCUACAUCGUGCGCAUCCUCUUCAUCGUGCCCAUCUAUGCCUUUGACUCCUGGCUCAGCCUCCUUUUCUUCACCAACGACCAGUACUAUGUGUACUUUGGCACUGUCCGCGACUGCUACGAGGCAUUGGUCAUCUACAAUUUCCUGAGCCUGUGUUAUGAGUACCUCGGGGGAGAAAGUGCCAUCAUGUCAGAGAUCAGAGGGAAGCCCAUUGAGUCCAGCUGCAUGUAUGGGACAUGCUGCCUCUGGGGAAAGACUUAUUCCAUUGGAUUUCUGCGGUUCUGCAAGCAGGCCACCCUGCAGUUCUGCGUGGUGAAGCCACUCAUGGCUGUCAGCACCGUGGUCCUUCAAGCCUUUGGCAAGUACCGGGACGGGGACUUCGAUGUCACCAGUGGCUACCUUUACGUGACAAUCAUCUACAACAUCUCAGUCAGCCUGGCCCUGUACGCCCUCUUCCUCUUCUACUUUGCUACCCGGGAGCUGCUCAGCCCCUACAGUCCCGUCCUCAAGUUCUUCAUGGUCAAGUCGGUCAUCUUUCUCUCCUUCUGGCAAGGCAUGCUGCUGGCCAUCCUGGAGAAGUGCGGGGCCAUCCCCAAGAUCCACUCGGCCCGCGUGUCAGUGGGCGAAGGCACUGUGGCUGCCGGCUAUCAGGACUUCAUCAUCUGUGUGGAGAUGUUCUUCGCAGCCCUGGCCCUGCGGCAUGCCUUCACCUACAAAGUCUAUGUGGACAAGAGGCUGGAUGCCCAAGUGCCAACAUACGGCCCUUACGGCCGCUGCGCCCCUAUGAAGAGCAUCUCCAGCAGCCUCAAGGAGACCAUGAACCCUCACGACAUUGUGCAGGACGCCAUCCACAACUUCUCACCCGCCUACCAGCAGUACACGCAGCAGUCCACCCUGGAGCCCGGGCCCACCUGGCGGGGUGGCGCCCACAGCCUCUCACGCUCCCACAGCCUCAGUGGCACUCGAGACACUGAGAAGACACUCCUGCUCAGCUCUGAUGACGAGUUUUAGUUGUGGGUGCCUUGGCUGGUGCCCUCUUCCAGCCUCCCAUCCCGGCCAGGAGGCAGCUGGCACAGCUUUGCCAGUGCCCUUUAUUUAUUGGACCAGAAACACAUAUCCUCCCGGAGGAAUAGCCCAGCCCUGUCUGCCGGGGACAGCCCAGGCUCACUCACGAGCCUUCAGGAAUGGUCAGCCCUGCACUGCACAGGCCAGGGCAGAGGAGUUUGAGAGCAGCUCCCGUGCCCCUGCUGCCUGGCCUGUGGAGAGGCACAGCCCAUGGGGACCGGCCCUGUCAGGACCAGCCCUGUGCAGGCCCCUGGUGUGGACCAGCAGCCGCUGCAGCCUUCGAGGCCCCUCCCCCAUCAGGUCCGCCCACCCAUCCUGUGCAAUAUCCUGACCUGGGCUCUUCCCUGCCCUGUCCCUCCCUGCCCACUCUAAUCGGAUGCUAGAGCCUAGACCCACCUCACCCCAGGCUGGCAGGAGGAGGGAAUGUGGAUGCCCUGGAUGUCCCCCCUCUUAGGCCAAGGCCCACCUGGCAUGCUGCAAGAAUUAGAGCCAGACACCAGGAGCCACAGGCACUCACUGGAAAGGGGCUCCUGUGCCUCUGGCCCCUCUCCUGGUGAAGCAGGGGGCUCUUGGCCCUGGCAGUCCUCGUUCACUAUGGUCACCUCCUGCCCCUUCCUGGCCUGCUAAGGACAGCUGCUCUGCCCUACUUGGUUCUCACUCUGAAUGGGUUGGGGGUAGAGCCCUUGCUUCCUAGCUGCCCCAGGGGUCAGGGACUUCCUUCUCCUUCCAGGUCUCCCAUGCCCUUCAAGGGUUAGGUCUGAGCCUCCACAUUUCAGACCAGCAGCUGGGGAGAACAGGAGGGAUGGCCAUAUAUCAGGGGUCUGGGAGGAAUGGUCCCAGACUCCUCUCCCAGCCCCCUGUCCACACGGCCUGCUGUUCUGCCUUGUCUGGUCCCCUGCCCAUCUCUUCUGUGCCUUAGUCACAUACAAAAGUCCCUCCCAGUCCCCCAUCUGUCCAGAUGCCCCCAGGGGCUCCUUGGCAAGUUGCUGGCACUUAGGAUCCUACAGUGUUGGCCAAGGCACCCGUGGAUGGGCUGCAGUGGUGGUCAGGGCUGCCGGUUCCCUCUCCUCGACUGCCUCAUGCCCGUGUUCCCAGGGCUGGAGGCCCAGACAGGCCAGGCUUCUGCCAGCCACCAUCUUGGGAAGAACCUUGGGAGAUAGCAUGUUCAUGCAGGCCUCGAGUCCUGGCCUUGGAGACCCAGGGAGCACUUGGGCUUGGGCUGCAGAAGUUGAUGGGGGAUGGAAGAAGGAUCCUUACCUUGUGGCAAACUCUUUUGGUCACCCCUGGAAUGAACAGGCCCCCUCCCUGGAGUCUGGGAGGAGUUUUUGGUGGGGCACCUGCCUACCACCUCCCUUCCUGGCCUCACCCUCCCCUCAGGCUCGGGGCUGAGAGUGGGGUGGGGUGGGGGAGUUCUCCCACCCAUCUGGGAGGGCCUGGCCAUAUGAUCCCAGGCCACCCUGGAAGGCAGCUGGCAGGUGCAAGCUGUUCCAGGAGCAGCUCUGCCUCCCCCACAUUGGCUUUCACAGAUUUGUUUAUCUGACACAUCUUCCUUCUCCUUCCAGGCCAAAGCGUGUUGCUGAUUCCUGCCCCUCUUGGUCUUUGCCCAUCCUGGAUUGUGCCCACUAGCGUGGGUAGAUGGGACUGGGGGAUCUUGGUGGCAGGAAACAAGCGGUCCAUGUGGACAUGGGGAUGGGUCCCAGGCCCGACUGCUCCAUCCCCUUUCCUAGGAUACAUAGCCUACCUUUUUUUUUUUUUUUCCAGAUAGAGUAGUUCUUUGUACAUAAAUACUUGAAAUAUUAAUUGUAUGAUGUAUGAGAAGACAGAGUCCCUUAGUUUUGUAUCUCAUUGUAUGACUGCCAUGAGUUCCACCAGAAAGCCACUCUAUUUUGGUCUCUGACAUUUUAAAUGCGUGACAGAAGUGAGCAAAUAAAGUGAGG